AUGAGAGAGAGGGGGCGCUGUGUUUGUGGGGGUGAUUGUCUGGGGCCUGGCGGCAGCUUUGCUGCGGCAGCAGCAGCAGCAAGUGUACUCUGCAGCAGCAGCAGCAGCAGCAGCAGCGGGAGUGAUUUGCUGCUGCUUCCCAAGGGCCACCUUCGCCGCCUGCGCAACAGCUGUGCCUACAAAUGUUAUGAGGCUGCAGCAACAGCAGCUGAGCUACUGCAGCAGCAGCAGCAGCAACAGCUGCUACCUACAGGUGCAGCAGCAGCAGCAUUGCUGCUGGAGGUGCUUCUUGCUGCUGCUGCUGCUGCUGUAGAAGCAGCAGGUCCCCUUGUGGCUGGGCCUCUGCUGCAGCUACUCCCCUCAUCGCUUUGCAGCAAGAGUGCAGCGCAGCAGCAAGGGCCUCCGCUGCCACAGCAGCAGCAGCAGCAACAGCAGCAGCAGCAGCAGAAGCAAUCCGCCUUCGCUGCAGCAGAAGCGUCUGCCCUUCUAAGGGGCAGCAGCAAGCGCAGCAGCAGCAACGGCUACGGGGCUGAAGACAGCAGCAACCAGUUGAACAGCAGCAGCAGCAGCAGCACAGCAGAACCUGCAUCGUCUGAGGUAGAGGAGGGGGAGAAUUGCUGCUGCUGCAGCAGCAUUGAUGCGCCGGAGGCUGCUGCUGCACGUGAGGGACCUUUGGGCAUUCUGCUGCUGCAGCGGCUACCCCAAGGACAGCAGCAACAACGACAGCAGCAACAGCAGCAAGAAGCCUUGCAGAUGGAGCUCCUCUCCCCCACUGCCUCCGUCUUGACAAAAGAAGCAGCAGCAGCAGCAGCAGUUCGUUGCUGGCAACGGCAGCAGCAGCAGCAGCAGCAUCAGCACGGCAACCUGUGGGAGGCUAUAGCUUCUCUCGUCAUGCCUCUCUGCCCGCCUCCCUUUGCUGCGAGUGCACUAGCGGCAGCAACGACAACAGCAGCAACAGCAGCAGCAGCAGUACACAGGCAGCUGCUGCAGCAGGAAGCAGCACUUAUCCUUGCAGAAGCUGCUCUUCGUAGGGGGCCAGAGGAGCUUCGGGAGAAAGUUUUCGCGCAUAAUACGUUGCUGCGGCGGGCACUGCAAGAGGCCGCUGCUUUGCAGCAGCAACAGCAGCAGCAACAAAAGCAGGAGCAGCAGCAAGGACAACAAGAACAGCGAGAGACUGCAUUCGGCUUGCAGCUGCGCGUCGUGCUGGCUGCCCUGCGGCUUCUCACCGCAGCAGCAUCAACAGCAGCAACAGCAACAGCAGCAGCCGGUAGCACUGCCUUCUCUGUAGGUAGUUGGGCUGCUGCAGGUGUCCAGGAGUUGCUGCUACCGCUGCUGCACCAGCAGGAGCCGCAGAUGCAGCAGCAGGGGAGUUUGCCGGAGAAGCCACAGCAGCAGCAACAGCAGCAGCAGAAACAACAACAACAGCAGCAGCAACAACAGCAACAGCAACAGCAACAGCAGCAACAACAGCGGGGAACGUCGGCAGCGCGCGAAGCUGCCCUAUUUACUGGCUGUCUCCUCCUGUCUUCUCAUUCGCUACCUCCUCCUCUUGCUGCUGAUCUGCGGCGCCAGGUGCUGCACCAGUUGCAACAUCGCGUGCAGCAGCAGCAGCAGCAGCAGGAGCAGCAGAAGCAGCAGCAAUGUGCGAGAGCAGCACCCUCUCCUUGCAUUCGCUGCGGCUGCAGCAGAAGCAGCAGUAAUCCUUUUUGUCUGUCGGGCUGCGCCAUAACGCUGCACUGCGUGUUGCUGAUGCUGCAACAAUCGCAUGAGCAGCAGCAGCCGCAUCAGGAAGCUGAGCUGCUGCUGCCUCCCAGCUUGGGUUACGUGCUCCAAAGUGAGCCCUUGCUGCUGCUGCGGGGGAUGCCGCUGCAGCAGCUGCUGCUGCAAGGACUGCAAGGAAGACGGGUCCAGCAUUUGCUGCUGCAGCAACUACUGCUGCUGCUGCCUCAAUGCACCACGGCAGCAGCAGCAGCAACAGUAGUAGACACCAUUGCUGCUGUCGGUCAAGCUUGUCUCUAUAGCAAGGAGCCUCAACAGCAGCAGCAACUAAUGGUGCAGCAGCAGCAUACGCUACUGCAGCAGCAACGGUUGCCGCUGCAGGAGCAGCAACCGACGGUGAAGCAGCAGCAGCAACAACCACUGCAGCGUCAGGGCGAGGAUAUAUUUUCUUUAGUAGUUGAUGUGCUGCUGCAGUUGCUGCAGUUUCGGGCUCCUUUGGUGAGGCGUGCUGCUGCUCGCGCGGCGUCUUUGCUGCUGGGUGCAUGCGCUGCUGCUGCACCUUCUCAUAAUGAACGGCUUCUCAAAGAGCUGCUGCAGUGCACAGGAGUUGCUGCUGUUGCUGCUGCAGCAGACGCAUGCAGCUAUGUGAGGCUUGCAGCAGCGGAAACAGCAGCGGCAGCAGCAGCGGCAAUGGCGCGGCAGCCGCAUACAGCAGCAGCAGAGCCUGCAGCAACGGACAAUAUCUGCAGCGCAACAGAGUCUCUCCUUGCUGACGGGGAGCCUCUGCUGCAGCGCUUUGCUGCAGCAGCCAUCACCAGGUAUCUGCACAGCAGCACACAGUUGGCUCUUGCUUUACUGCAGGCUGCUGCAUGCCCUUGUGCUGCAGCGCAGCAUGUGCUGCAGCUGCGGUUGCUGCUGGCAGCAGCAAGACACGGGCAGCGGGCAGCAGCAGCAGUACAGGCAGCAUAUUCUACCUGCAGCAAAAUAACACAGCUGCUGCUGCAGCACUAUGCAUCUCCCUGCUGGAGCGACACCAUAGCAGCAACAGCUGCUGCUGCUGCAAGUCCCGCUGCUGACGUUGCUACACCCACACAUGCAGCAACAGAUGCAGCAGCAACAAAGGCAGCUGCAGCAGAAGCAGCAGCAAAGGAGGUAACGGAAGGCAGCUGUUUUGGCAUUGCUCCAUCUGCUGUCGAAACCACAGGCAGCAGCUGCUCGUGCAGCAGCGCGUGCGUGCUGCAGCAGCAGGAGCAGCAGCUGCUGCAGCUGCUGCAGCUUAAGAAGCAUCAGAAGCAAGGGCUGCGGCUGCUGCAGCAACGCUGGCGCACUUCGGGCUCCAUUGCAGUUUUCUGGGGAGUGCUUCCAGGUAUUUGUAUUUGGAUACAGCAGCAGCAGAAUCAACAACAGCAGCAAUCGGAGCUGCAACAGCAGCACCCGCAGCAGCAACAGGAGCAGCAAUUGGGCUCCCUGCUGCUCAACGUGCUGCAGCCUGCUGCUCAGGCCGUAGGGGGACGCGACCUUAAAGGCGCUGCAGCAGCUGCCGUUGUGGUGCUGCUUCGCCUUUGGAGAGACACCUCGUCCUCAGCAGCAGCAGCAGCAGCUGCUGCUAUUGUUAAGCCUCUAGACGAAUGCUUAGCUGCAAUAGCGAUUGAUUCUACGGCAAGCGAAGCAGCAACAGGAGCACAGCAGCAGCUGCUGCUGCUGCAGCAAACUCUAUCGGGAUCCUUUCCCUUGUCCGUCACUCCCCCUGCAGCGGAGUGGCUGCCGGCAAGCUGCGCGGAGAUUGCUGCCAAGAGCUGGGCCAGCAUCAGCAGCAAAAGCAGCAGCAGGAGGAGUGCGAGAGAGGUGGGCGCUGCAGCUGAUGCUGCUGUAGCAUGGUUGUGGUGUCUUUGCUGCAUGCACCAACCCCGCUGCAGCUUGCUGCUGCUGCUUGCUUCCUUCGGGCCUCUGGCGGCACUCUUAGAAGAAUUGCUGCUACAGCAGCGGCGUAGCAUGCAUGCACAGCGGCUGCAGCUGCUGCAGCUUCUGGAUGUGCUGCUUUGGGAGGUGCAGUAUGAGCAGCAGCAGCAGCAGCAGCAGCACGUGGGGGCUGCGCGGCUUUGCGAAGUGCUGCUGCUGCUGCUUGAUGCAGCAACUGCGGAGAUCAGCAGCACCUUGCAGCACCAGCAGCAGCAACCGCAACAGCAGCAGCAGCAGCAGCAGCAGGAGCAACACACAAGACAGCCUCAGGAUUGGGAUGCCCCAGCAGCCACUCCAGCGCAGCCAAAACUGCGGUACCCGAAGCAGCCGCUGCUGCAGCUGCUGCCCGAUGCACAACUAAGCCUCAGCAGCAGCAGCCUCAGCAGCUGCUGCAGCAGUAGCAGCAGCGGGACGCUCCCGCGAUGCGACCGUACGGCGGAACUCUCAGCAGCUGCUGCUGCUUCUGCUGUUGCUGCUGCUUCUGCUGCAGCUGCUGCUGCCUUACCGGCAGCAGGAACAACCAAAAAGGAGAGCGACAGAGGCAUCCAAGCUCGGCCUGCUGCUGCAGCAGCAGGUGCAGCAGCAGCAGCAGCAGUCCUUGCGUCAUAUAGCACCGGUGUCGGCCUAGGCAGCAGCCAAGAGCGGCAGCAAGAAAGCUUGGUGCUGCUGCCAACUGCGGCGCAGCAGGAAGUAUUCUUGCUGCUGGACCUGCUGCAGCAGUUGCAGCUGCAUGCAGCUCCAAGUGCUUUGCUGCCGCGUGUAGUUCGUUUGCUGCUGCUGCAUCAGAAGGCGCACGACAUGCUCAACAACCAGGAGCACUGCCGCAGCAGCAGAGGUAGCUGCCGCAGCAGCAGGGGCUGCUGCUGCUUCUCCUGCAGCAGGAGAUCAAUGAUUGCUGGCUUCUGUGCUUUAUGUGAACACACUGUAUCUCUUAUGCGGUGCUGCUGCAACCAGCGCAUGCAAAGUGACUUGCUGCCGCUGCUGCUGGUGCUGUUGCACUGCACCCGUGUUGACAGCAGCAGCAGCUGGAGCAGCAGCAGCAGCUGCUGCUGCAGCGGUGUGCUGGAGCUGCUGCGCACAAUACCUGUCGUCGCAAAACAGUGUCCUGCGGGGCCGGCAAAGCAGCGAGCUGCUGCUGUUGUGGCAGCUGCAUGCGCAGCGGCACAGCAGCAGCAAGGGCAGCAGCAGCAGCACAACUCCUGGAGACAGUUCCACAAACCGCAGCAGCAGGUAUAUGAGGCGACAAUACCGCAGUCGGUAUGCAGCGCCCUCAGUAGCGCGCAGCAGGUGCUGCAGCAGCAGCAGCAGCCACAACAGCAACAUCAGCAUCAACUGCAGCAGCAGUCGCAGCAGCAGCAGCCCGAGCUACCCAGCCGCCGUACAGGCGGUUUGCAGUGCAGCAGAGUUGGCAGCGGAAUUCGGGUGGGGCGUCAGUCUCUAGGAGAUGUCUUUUCUUCCUUUGCGCAUUCUAGCAGCACAGCGACACUGGCAUCUAGUGCGGCUGCAGCAGGUGCAGCUGGUGCAGCAGCAGCAGCAGCAGUAGGAGCAGCAGCAGCAGCAGCAGCAGCAGCGUGGCGACACUCGCAAAGGCGGCAGCUGCGGUCAGCGCCUGCUGCACCAAGAGACACAAGGGGGAUGCGGCUGAAGCUCUGGGACUCUGCACAAGGCGGCCGUGUGGCUUGUUGGGAGUCGUGGUGGCAGCGGCUGCGCGGACUGUACAUACACCGCAGCAACUUGGCCUGUGUCGCUGCUGUUGCGCCGCUGGCAAAGGCUGCUGCUGCUGCUGGAGCUGAAGCUGACGCUGCAACAGCGUUGGGUGCUCCCAAGGAGGAGACAGAAGCAGCAGCAGAAGCAGCAGCAGCUGCUGCUGCAGUCGCAGACAAGUUGUUUGCUAUCGCGUUUUGCGCUGACUGCUUUUCCUUGAAUGCGGAGCAGCAUCUGGAGGCCCUGGCAGUUAUAAACAACGGGUUUGCGCGUUGCUUGCAGGAGUCUCCACUGAGCGUUUGCCGGCGUGCGGUGUCGCUUGGGGUGUACAUGCAGCAGCGGCAGCUGCUGCUGCACCAGACCCCCCUACAGGUGUCUCUUUACUUGCUGGGGAGGGCAGCAGAAAGAUGUAGAGACAACCCGUUGUCUAUUUGGCUGUACGAGGCCUUCUGGCUGCAAGAACCGUCACGUACGGCUGCCGUGUUGCUGCUGCUAGCGCUGCUGCGGGGAGGGCAAUUUGCGUCUGCUGCUGCGCUGCUGCAGCAAGCGAAGCACGUGCUGCUUGAGCAGCAGUUUCGUCAGCUAGAGAGGCUAGCAAAAGAUGUGACUUUUGCUGCUGUAGUAGACACUAGUCAGCCUCCCGCGAGCAGCAGCAACUUCGCAGCAGCAGCAGCAGCAGGAGCGGCAGCAGCAGUAGCAGCGCAAGGUGCUGCUGCUGCAGCAGCAGAAGUGGACGUGGAAGCAACGCAACCAAUGUGGCGCUGCUUUGCUGUCUAUGAUUUCUCUCACCCCAUGCGCGAGGCAGCAGCAGCAGCUGCUGCUGCUUCUGCUGCUCCCGCACUUCGCAAGGCGCUUCAGCAGCUGCAGCUGCUGCCAGCCGAUUUUUCAUCCAAGGAGAAACACCCAACCGCCGGAGCGCCGGUAGAACGUGCAGCAGCAGCAGCAGCACCAGAACGUGCAGCAGCAGCACCAGAAGCACCAGAAGCAGCAGUAGCAGCAGCAACAGCGGGAAAUUCAGCAGCACCCUUUUCAAGACACAACAGCGGCAGCGGUUCCUUUGGACGCGCGAGCCUGCAAGCUCUGUAUUGGAUGGGUCUGUGGAGCGAUGCCCUCUCCGUAGCGGCAGCGCCGCAGCAACAGCAGCACCUUGCGGCAGCAGACGCUUCAGAGGCCUUGACAGCAGCAGCCGCUGCUGCUGCAUUUAACUGCAGAGACUACGCAGCACUGCAGCUCUACAGCAAACGGCUAGGGGAGCCUUACGCAAGAUACUUCUACACUGCAGCGGGGCCUUCCGGCUGGCACGCCACUGCAGCAGCAGCAGCAGCAACAGCAGCAGCGAAGGCUGCCCUUGAUGCUGGGGCAACAACGGGAGCUACGGGCGCUGCAGGGAGAAACAGAAGCAGCCGAUUGCUGCCAGCACUUCAGCUGCUGCAGGUAGAGGCGUUAAAGCGCGCUGCAGCAGCAAUGGCUGUUGCAGAUGGGCAAGGUGCAGCAACAGCAGCAGCAACAGAAGCAGCAGAAGCAAACAACAACAGCAGCAACAGCUUCUAUGCCGCUCUGCAGAACCUGCCUCACGAUGCGUUGCUGCUUCCUGGGGCGCUGCGCAAAGUUGCAGCAGCAGGGAGUUUGCUGCUGCCGUCUACUGAAGUGUAUGCGCUGCUGCGCUGCAUAGCAGCAGCAGCAAGCUUCAGCAGCACAGAAACUUUCAGCGGGUCGACGUUGCACUUGUUGCUGCCACUGCUGCACUACCAGCAGCAGCAGCAGCGACAGCAGCAGCAGCAGCAACAACAACAACAGCAGGAGCAGCAGUGGGAUCCGUGGUGCCUUCUGCUGGCUGCACGGGAGCUGCGCCGCUUCGGACAGCAGCAGGAAGCCUUGCAUCUGCUGUCGCUCGCAGCAGACUCCUCGUGCAGCAGCAGCAGCAGCAACAGCAGCAGCAGCUUUAUUCUUGGGAGGCUGCACCUUCCAUUGCUGCCGCGCCCUCUACAGGAGCUGCUGCAGAUGCCGCAGCACCAACCGCAGCAGCAGCAGGAGCUCCUGCUGCUGCUCCGUGCAUGCAUAGCGACUGGACCUGCAUGCGCUGCAACAGGGCUACCAGGAGCAGUAGCAACAGCAACAGCAGCAGCAGCAGCAGCAGUAACAUGCCGAGCACCCCAACACGAAGAAACGCUGCAAGCCGCUGCUGCUGCUGCGCUGCACUGCUACUGCCGACUUGCGUUAGCCAACUGGACCGACGAAUGGCAGAAUAUACCUCUUGAUGCCGCCUGUAGAGACAGCAGCAGCAGCAUCUCUGCUGCUGCUGCAAACUCGCUGCUGCUGUAUGCAGCAGCAGCGGAAGCUGCACCUCCAGCGCUUCGCGCCGCUGCAGCAGCAGACUGCCCGGCUGCUGCUGCUGCUGCUGCAGCUUGCUGCUUUGCCUGGGGGAUGUCUGUCUUACGAGUGGUGGCUCCAGUAAAGCCUUACUCAUCGCAGCAGCAGCAACAGCAGCAGCCGCAGCAAGAGGAGGGGAUGCAGGGGGCGGAGAUACAGUCGGGAGCAGCAGGAACAGCAGCAGCAACACCAGCGCAUGCAGAAGCUCGUGGGCCUUCAGCGCUUCUCCUAGAGGAAAUGCCGCAGUUACCUGCUGCCUUGCAGUGCUGGAAGCAGCAGCAGCAACAGCAGCAGCAGCAGCAGCAGCAAUCAGGAAGCAAGAGGGGACAGAACCAACGAGUGCAUCUUUCUGCUGCUGCGGUGCAGCAGCUAGUGCUGGAGGCCCUGAAGUCGUUGCUGCGUGCUGCCCAUCUAUCUGUAACAACUGCAGCAGCAAACACAGCAGCAGGCAUAGAGCUUGCUUUGGCGCUUCUGCAUGCAAUAGGACUGGCAACCUCAGCGGACCCCACAGUCGCGCAACUCGUCUCCUCAGAGAUGCCUUCUUUGCUGCGGCUGCAGCAGCCUUUGCUGCAGCAGCUGCUUGCUAAGGCAGCAGCAGCGGAGACGGAGCAGCAGGAGCGCCUGUACACCCAAAUCCUCAUUCAAUUCGCUCUUUCAGCGCCCCAGGCGACGGUGCUGCCGCUGGUGACGAGCAUGGAGUGUACAGGGAGUCCUCGUUUAGUGCGUGCAGCAGCAGCAGCAGCAGCAGCAACAGCAGCAACCCACGGGGAUCUGCUGAAAGAGGCCCAUCUUCUGCAGCAGCAGCUGCAGCAGGUGUCUGUACACCUAGGAGAAAGGUGGUUUGCUGCACUUGACACAGCAAGCCAUCUCGCCUUCGACCUGAAGCAGCCUGCUGCAGCAUGUCCGGCGGAUGCAGCUUUCUUGCAGCAGCACGGGGCUGUAUUACAGCAGGCGUAUAUGGGCUUGCAGUCUUUCAUCGCGCUUGGGUGUGGGGAGGAAGCAGCGCAUGCGCUGCACGGGAGUUGGGGCUGCUACUUCCGUGUCUUCUCUGCUUUGCUGCUGGAGCAGCGCCUAGAAAGCCGCACGGGGUGUCUGUACACCAGCGCUCCGCAGCUGCAGAAGCUGAAUAUGAAGCACUUGGAAGUACCUGGAGCAGAAGGUAUUCGCAUACACCGGGUGCUGCCAGUAGUGUUGGUGCUCCCAACUAAAGAGAGGCCGCGUGUAAUUGCUGUAGAGGGAGAAGACGGGCGCUGCUACCGCUUUGCUCUUAAGACUCAAGUAGACCUGCGGCUGCAGCAACGUAUCCUCAUGGAAGUAGACCUGCGGCUGCAGCAACGUAUCCUCAUGGUCUUUAAAUAUGUCUCAUGCUUGCUGCUGCGGCAGACGCUGCAGUCACCGUGCUGCUGCGCAGCAGCAGCACACGAGCGACGGGCGACUCCGCAGCAUCCGUUCAUGGGAAACCUAGGCAGCAGCAGCAGCAGCAACAACAACAACAGCAGCAGCAGCAGCAACAGCAGAAACAGAAACAACCGUCGCUGGAGGAAUUGCUGCAGCAGCAUUCCUUUUGCUUUGUAUGAAGUGACCCCCCUGUCUCCUUCCCUUGGGCUUGUUGAGUGGGUUGCUGCAGCACCAACAUUAAAAGAUCUGCUGGGGAGACACCGGCGCAUGCAGCGCGUCCCUAUCAAUCUCGAGCUGUCUCUCUUCACUGCGGAGAAGCAGCAGCAGCUGCAUCUACUGCAGCAGCAAAACACCCACACCACCAACACCACCAGCAACAGCUGCAGCAGUACCAGCAGCAGCAGUAGCAGCAGCAGUAGUAGCAGCAGAAGCAGCAGCAGCAGCACUCAACCUGCUGCCACGUCGGCUCAACGCGCUGCAGCAAAAGCAGCUAAAGAUAGCCCAGAGGUGCUGGAAGCAGCUUUUCGUGCCUUCCUUGACCGAACGACGGGAGAUGACUUGCGGCAGCUGCUGUGGCUGCGCAGCAGCAGCAGCAGCAGCAGCAGCACCUGGCUGCAGCAGCGGCGCAGCAUUGCAUCGGGGCAUGCAGCAAUGGCAGCCUGCGGCUAUCUCUGCGGGAUAGGAGACAGACACCCAGGCAAUCUGCUGCUGUGCUGCUGCUGCAGCAGCAGCGACUGCAGGGGCUGCUGCAUCGCCCAUAUAGACUUCAGUGAUGUCUUUGAGGCUGCUGCAUGCAGAACCACACAGCCGGAGACUGUCCCCUUCAGGCAAACGCGCAUGCUUUCACGAGCUUUAGACGUUGGUGCUUCUGGGGGCAUAUUUUUGUCGUCUCUUUGCUUCUGCCUGACAACGCUAAGACAAAAUAAAUUUUAUCUGUCUCUACUUCUUUCUGCAUGCAUCCUUGACCCUUCUCUCCCUCUUAAAGUCCUUAGACAGUCGCUACCCGAAGCCCCGCAACUUAUCGAGGGGCCCCCAAUGGGGGCCCCCCCAGCGGGUAAGCCUAGGAGUGGGCCCCCAGGGGGGCCCUCUGGGGGUCCCCCAUGGGGCCCCCAGGGUACUGCUACUAACUACGGUGAAGGCAUUGCAGUGCGCUGGCCGAGGACGAGAGAAGAAGUCCUUGAAAGGGUUUUAGACAAACUCAACGGAGUCGAUUUUGGGCAAACGCGCAUGCUUUCACGAGCUUUAGACGUUGGUGCUUCUGGGGGCAUAUUUUUGUCGUCUCUUUGCUUCUGCCUGACAACGCUAAGACAAAAUAAAUUUUAUCUGUCUCUACUUCUUUCUGCAUGCAUCCUUGACCCUUCUCUCCCUCUUAAAGUCCUUAGACAGUCGCUACCCGAAGCCCCGCAACUUAUCGAGGGGCCCCCAAUGGGGGCCCCCCCAGCGGGUAAGCCUAGGAGUGGGCCCCCAGGGGGGCCCUCUGGGGGUCCCCCAUGGGGCCCCCAGGGUACUGCUACUAACUACGGUGAAGGCAUUGCAGUGCGCUGGCCGAGGACGAGAGAAGAAGUCCUUGAAAGGGUUUUAGACAAACUCAACGGAGUCGAUUUUGGCCCCACCCCUCUAGCGGUUGCGGCCCAGGCGGGUCGACUUAUUGAAGAAGCCACCAGCAUCCGCAACCUCUCGAGAAUGUACACAGGCUGGUGCCCCUUCUGGUAG